AUGCGAUGGCAAGCGUGUUCACCAGACAACUUGGCCCUAUUGGUGUUAAAUGAACAAUUUUCUUUUCAUAAACAUGAAAAAAAUACUGAGUACCUAAUAAAUAGAGUUCGUUAUGGAGCCGUGGGUAACUUGGAUAAACGAAUACGUGACCCAUCGUGCAGAUAUUAUGGAUGGGGAAGCCGACGUAAUGAUGAUUUAGGAACGGUUCUAGUUUGCUCCGGCUAUGUGCAAGGUAUGAUGACGUCACGACUGAUCGACCGACCUUGUGGGGUCGGUUUUAUUGAUCUAAGUCAUUAUAUCAAGUUUAUCACAUGUGGCGUGGAUGAUUCACGUGACGUCAUCGACCAUGAGGAUUUCAUGACCUUCGACUUCAACACUGAACCUGGAGUGAGAAUGAUGACCGCGCCAUCGCUAAUAACAACAUCUACUCGGAAUGUUACCAGCGACAUUUCAAAA